AUGCAUAUUGAACAUAAAUCAAAUAAGAUUAUCAACGAAUUCGUAAAACAAUUUCCAGAAGAAUAAAGGAAUAGUGUAAUGAAUUUUCUAUUAAUUCUUGGAUUCGACAUUGCUAGAAAACUAGGAUAAAACAAUUAAGCAGAACUGUAUUCAACGAUGAAAUAGUUAUCAAGUAUAAAUUUGAUUCAACAUUAUAUGUAGAAUUUAUUAUAAAUGAUUACAAUUAAAAUGGCUAAAGUGAAUUAAGAGAAGAGAUUAAAAAAAUUUAGCAAUAAUUGGUUCAACUAAAUUCAUUGUUCAAUAAUAAUGAGAACGAGUAAAUGUAAUCCAAGAGCCAGGAUAUUUAUAGAAAUCAACCCUAGACAAAACCAUAAUAUAGUCAUAACAGAUUCUAUACACAGAAUGAUAUGGAGGAUUAAAUAAAUGCAAGAAUGAGAGAAGAAUAAUAACUUAGUACAAAUUCAAAAAAUUAAUUCAAACCUGCCAAAAGAAAUAAUAAAAAUAAAUCACCAUUGUAGUAAAAUAAUAAUAAUUUAACUGCAAAAAUAACUGAAUCCCCACCUCCUCCAAUGGUUUAUUAAAAAACCGUAAGUAGUAAAUUCAAUAUUAAACCACACCUAGAUGAUCAUUAAAUGUAAUUAAAAAAUUUAUUUUUCUUAGUAAAUAAUUACUAUAUUCAGAAAAUGAAAGAAUUUAUUAAGAGGAUUUUGAUUCCAUUUCUAAUAGAGGUCAUCAUUACAAUCAAUCUCCAAAAUCUAUUAAAUAUACAUUAAAUAUUUAGAACCUUGGUAUACUAUUAAAUUAUUAUAGACAAUAUUGGAUAAAGAUUUUAAACCCAUGAAACUAAUAAAAAGAAUAAACCUUAAUAAACUUCAAACAGUAGUAGAUAGAAAAAGAAAGUACCUGCAUAUUUAUAAAAUGUUGAAUCCAAAAUAAAACCAAAAUUAGAUUAAGAUAAAUAAGCAUUUAAAAAUUAAAAAAGUAUUUCUUUCUAUUAGCUUAAGAUUAUGAUGAUGAUGAAAAUUAAUAUUAUAACUAUAAGAUGUCUUCAUCAUAACAAAUGACUGCUAACUUUUAAAAUAAUAAAAAUUUUAUUCGUCCUAGUUAAGAAUCAGAUACGUAUUAUGAGAUAUAGCAAUACCUGAUAAAUUAAUAGCACUAAAAUUUUCAUCUCUCUCCAGUUUAAGAAAUGAAGACAGAUAAUGAAAUUAUAUCUAAUAAAAAAAAGACUUAGAAUUUUAGAGAAAAUACAAAAAGUUCAAUAAAAAGCUCCAAUGAUGCAAAUAAUCUUCGAUAACAUCAAUAAUAACAUUUUUUUGAACAACAUGAAAGUUUACCUUACACAAAUUCAAUUACUCCAAUUUAGGUAUCAGAUUUUUAAACAAGUAAACAGUAAUCAGAUUUAAGUUUUGAUGCAUUUAGAAAAAAAGCCUAAUUCACUUCUCCAUAUGUAAAUACUAAAAUAAUUUUAGGCAAUAUCUUUAUAGCAAAGCUCUUAACCAAUUCAAACAGCUUAAAAACCAUAAAGAAAUGAUGAUGAAAGUAGUGAAAGUUUUUCCAAUUUUACACCACCAAACAAGGAAGUUAGAGAAUUUUUAUCAAAAUAAUGCAUUUAUUAAGACUAAGAUUGA